CCAACCCCGGCGUGAUCAGACUGGGGUCGCGGUCCCCACCCUGAUACUGAAUCGGAGUGUCUGGGUGGCGCCCCUGACUGCUUUUCAAGUCUUCUCAGGCGAAUCUGAUGCUUGGCCACGGUUGAAGCCUAGCCCGCGGUUUCAGACCUGCGUAGCUGGAGCGCCGUGUUGGCUCCCUCAGGGUCCGGGUAACCCCCCAAGACAGCCAUUGCAGGGAGGGUGGUCAGCUUUGCAAGUGUAGGUUUUAUCAGAUGCCCCCAAACAGAUCUGGGGUUGGAGAACGGACAUGGGCCUUGCAAAACUGGAUGGCCUUGUGACCUCAAGGGCGGACACUCCUCCCUCUUGGAAGGCAACUGGGAUGUUUAUAAGGACGAGUCCUGCAAAUUUCUGAUUGGUUCCAGAAUUGUCCCGCAGAUACUAAAGUCCGCAAAUGCUGAAGUCCGUUAUAAAAAAAAACAGCGUAAUGUUUAUGUAAACCUAAGCAUAUACUCCUGGCCAGAUUACAUCAUCUGUAGAUUACUGAUACCGUGUAAAUGCUAUAUAAAUAGGUGCUGGGAUGCUGCAAAUUCAGAUUUUGCUUUUGGGAACUUUAUGGAACUUUUAAAAUUUUUGACCAGGAUUGACUGACUGAGCAAGUGGAACCCAAAGAUACUAGAGGGCCAACUGUAUAAUAACCUAAAAAAUGUAAGGACCUCUGAAGGCGUACCGUUACUUUAUGUUCCAUGUGAACAACAGAGAUUAAGAGAAAAAUAUGUUCCCUGUAAAUUACGGGUAGUGAAAGUUUUGUGUUUAUAAUGCCAAAUAGAUAUUGACUGCAACUGUCUGGUUUGCUGAGAAAGAUGACAUAAACCCCGAAUUGCAGAUUGAGGAAUAGACUUUGAAGGAUAACUUUUUCAAAACUGCAUAGCUGUUGCUGGAAUAGGGACCAAACCUGAUUGUUUAAAAUAUGUUGCCUUUGCCACAUUAACAGCCUGGUUUUCAACUAUGAUAUCUCUGUGUGACCUGUACAAUUCAUUCACUGAGCAAAUAGUUAUUGAGUGGCUACUGUGUCAACAACAAAGAGACACUGCUCUAGGUGCUAGGGAUACCACGGUGAACCAAUUAAUACCCACCCCACCCCCCCCAUCCCCACUUGCCAGCUAAUAUUCUGGGAGUCAAUGGUCAGUUAAAGAAUAUGUACUCUUAUUUUAGGUAUUGAGACAUACCAUGUUUUACGGAUAGGCAAGCUAAGAGGAUAGGGAAUGGUGGUGGGAGGCAGGAGAGUGCUGUUUUAGAAAUGUGUUAAGAGGAAAUUCCCUCUGGGGAACCUGAGGUGUGGAAACCUGAAUGAAGAGAGGAAGUUAGGGUAUAAGAGAAAAAAACCAAGGAUUUGGUUUGAGCAACUGAAAAGGUGAAGUUCCAUUACUGAGCUAAAAUAAGUUUUUAGAUGCAUCUUAAAUGUCUGAUAUUUAUCUAAAUGAGAUCUGCGAUAUUUAAAUCCAUGAAAUUGGAAGUGUGCCCAAGACAUGAAUGAGUGUAGGUAGAGAGAUGACUGAGGACUGAUACCUAGGACACUUCAGUGUUUAGAAUUCAAGGAGAUAUGAAGAGAAACCAGAAAGGAAUACUGAAAAGAAUCCAGCAUGUUAUGAGAAAAACUUUGAGAGCAUGCAGCCUUAGAAGACAAGAAAGUGUUUCACAGGAAAAGAGCUACAGGUUCAGUGGGCAGCUUCUUCUGUUUUCUGGCUAAACUGUAAGGAUCUGACGUGGCACCUUUGCAGAGACAUUGUUGUGGACGCUGGCCAGACCUCAGCAUCUUUUCCUGACCACUCUAUGAAAACUCUUCUUGGAAGCACCUUGGUUCACCAUUAGUAGAUCUGGUUCAUGCUUCUUUUAUCUCCAGCAUGUCAAGCCCUGUCCAGUUUUUAAACCACUCAAAUCCAGGGAAGCUGGUUACUGCCCAAAGCAAAGGGCCCCGCAAGGCUAAGCCAUUGGAAGUCAAACAUUUAUCAGCUUACACAUUUCGGAAAAAUAGCUCAGGGGCUUGUCUUAACCCAUCUCUUGAAGUGGUUCCCACCAGGAACCCAGUCAAGUGCAACAAAAGGGCAACUGACUCAGUCCAUCCUGACCUUGCUGGUUUGUUGGUGAAAAACAAGAAUCUUUUAGCUGAGCUAAGAAAUCUUCGAAACAAACUUUUCAUAAAAGAAACUUCAUUGCAAGAGAUGAAGAGUGAGCUAGAAACUUACAAAGAAAAUAAUGUGCAACAGUCAUUCCAGAUAAUGUCCCUGAAAGACGAUAUCAAGGACUUAGAGGAACUUAUUGCUUCUCUAACCAGAAUUAAAUCUUUGAAAAACACCAGUAUUCAGAGUCUUGAAAGAGGCAACUGGGAUCUAACUGAAAGAAUUACAGAACUAGAAAAUCUUCUAAGAGUACAUCUGAUUGAAAGAAAAAGAGCAGAGCAAAAAGCAGACCUUUUGGAGAAAAAGUUAGCAGGUGCUAACAGAUUCACCCCUUAUAUGAGUAUGAAAGAACAAGAAGAUUCCUUGGAUGGUUUCAUGACAAAGGAUAAGGAUGAAGCUAUCCUGUUUGAGAGAGACAACACUUUUUGCUCUGAAGGACCGAAAGAUGGACAGAAAAUUUGGGAUAAGUGUCAACAAGAUUUGAUCCAUAAGGAAAAACAAAUACCUGAGUUAGAUAUACCUCCACGUUCAUACAACUGGGAAACUAAAACAGCGCGAUCCCGCUAUCAGAAAUUCCUCAGUCAGCUGUCUGCUCUUCCCAGCAACAGUGUUGAACCCACACCAGCCAUAGAGGAAGCUGUGAAAGAGAGCAUUCUGGAGACUGGUGCAAAUGAUCAAUCUUGGAAGUCUAGAGCUGAAGUCCUCCAGCAGGAAAUUCAGAUGCUCACUAAGCGAUUGGAGAAGCAAUCUCAUCACUCUGAAGAAACUGCUAGAGGACUAUCCGACAUUGAGAAAAAGCAUACGGAACAAAAAAGACCCUUGAAAUGUCUGGAAGGAAAAAUUGCUAUUAAUGACCUUUUUCAAGGGAAAUUAGAUUUGGACAUGAACAAAGAAAACUCUCAAUCUAAGAUUUCCCAGGUGGAUAAGCAUGGCAAAACAUUCAAGCAGCUAGGGAAAGACAACAAGCAAGAAACAUUACUGAAUAUUCAGCAGAAUUUUCAGACUGUUACAACUCAAAGAUUAGAGGAGAAAAUUCAAAAACUUCAGAAACAGCUCAGUGACUUGAAAUUGUCAAAUAAAAAUAUGAAAACUCAACUGACAAGAGUAAAUAUCCUUAAAGACAAAACAAUUGAGAAGCUCAGGGAAUCUCUAAAAAAAGUUGAAGCAAUGAAAGGGAAGGCAGCUAUGGAAACAGACCUGAACACUACAGUACACUUUGAUGAGCAAGAAGCAAGAUGGGAUAAAAAGAAGGUCCAUCAAAUGUUAGAAACUGCUACUCCUGAGCUCAGCACAGCAAAGAGCACACUUGAAGAAGUACCGGGAAAACAAGAAGAGCUUGUUGACUUUCGAGAAACUAUUAUGAAGAUGUUGGGCUUUAACAUGAAAACAGCAGACAAGAAAAUCAUCAAUCACCUAAGGCUUAUUAUACAAGUAUAUGAAGCAUCUGACAAGUCAAAGAUGGCUUCUGAGCGUGAGACUGGACAGGAUAAUGAAUAAAGAAUUUCUGCCAACAAGAACUCACAAAUA